AUGCAAGGCAACCAACCAAAUCAACCAAACCAACCAAAUCUACAACAACAACAACAGCAACCAACACAAAUGCCAUCUGAUCCAAGACUUCAAGGCCAACCACCACAAAUACCACAACCAAAUCAGCAACAAAGCCCACAAAAUCCACAACAAAAUCCACAACAAAUCCCACAGCAAAAUCCACAACAGCAAAACCCACAACAAAACCAACAAUGGAGAGGAAAUGAUUUUCAAAAUUCACAACAAAAACACCCAAUUCAAUCAUUAAUCGAAAAUACAAAUCCUGCACAGUUAUUCGAAAUGUUAAAUAAUAUGAAAAAUUUUGUACAAAAUCAACCAGAUCAAGCUCGAUCUAUUUUAAUGAAUUAUCCGCAAAUGGGUUUAGCUUUGCUCCAUGCUCAAGUAGUAUUGGGAAUGAUAUCACAAAAUACAGCACAACAAAUUUUAGUAAUGAAUCCAAAGAAUCAACCACAAAACUCACAACAAAGCCAACCAGGCUUUAAUCAAUCACCACAAAUGUAUAAUCAAAAUCCAAUGAUGGGUAAUAUGGGUAAUCCUAAUAUGGGUGGUAAUAUGGGAGGAAACAUGGGAAAUCCAAAUUAUAAUCCAAACAUGAACCCUAACAUGGGUGGUCCUAAUAUGGGAAAUCCUAAUAUGGGUAAUCCAAACAUGAGUGGUCCUAACAUGGGUAAUCCAAAUAUGGGAGGACCAAACAUGGGUAACCCAAAUAUGGGUGGUAAUCAAAACUAUAAUCCAAACAUGGGAGGACCAAACAUGGGCACUCCAAUGAUGGGUAACCCCAAUAUGGGCAAUCCAAACAUGGGUAAUCCAAAUAUGGGAGGUCCUAAUAUGGGUAAUCCAAAUAUGGGUAAUCCAAACAUGGGCAACCCUAACAUGGGUAAUCCAAACAUGAGUGGUCCUAACAUGGGUAAUCCAAUGAUGGGCAAUCCAAACAUGAGUGGUCCUAACAUGGGUAAUCCAAACAUGGGCAAUUUUAAUAAUCAACAAAAUUGGAAUCAAAGACAACAAUUUAAUAGAAAUUAA